UUUUUUUACUCCCACUUAGGAAUUUAUUGCAUUUGGAGUUAGCAAUAUGUUUGGUGGCGCCUUUUCAUGUUUUUGUGCUUCAACUGCACUGUCCCGUACUGCUAUCCAGGAAAGCAUAGGAGGGAAGACUCAGAUUGCUAGUGCUGUCUCAGCUGGUAUUUUGUUAAUUGCAAUUUUGGCACUUGGCAAGCUCCUCGAACCCCUGCAAAAAUCUGUGCUGUCUGCCAUUGUCAUAGUCAAUUUAAAAGGGAUGUUCUGGCUGAUAAAAGAUGUACCUCGGUUAUGGAAAGAAAGCAGAUGGGACUCGGUUUCCUGGGUUGUUUCAUGUAUUGCAGCUAUUAUCCUGGGACUUGAUAUUGGAUUAUUGGUUGGUUUACUCUUUGGAUUAUUGACUGUCAUGAUUCGUGUUCAGUUCCCCUCAUGCAGUUCUCUUGGAAAUGUCCAAGGCACAGAUAUUUACAAGAAUGUCAAGAUAUACAAACAUAUUUCUGAGCCUGCUGGAAUGAAAAUUGUUCGCUUUUCAAGUGCUAUUUUCUAUGGGAAUGUUGAAGGACUAAAAAAUGGCAUUAAAUCAAUUGUAGGAUUUGAUGCGGUCAGGGUAUUUAACAAGAGAAACAAAGCACUACGGAAGAUUAAGAAGCUUAUUAAGAAAGGAGAAAUUUCAUCAUUGCAGAAUGGCACCAUUAACAACACAGGUACUGAUAAUGAAGCUUUUGAGCGUGAUGAUGAUCCCGAGGACCAAGAAAAAGUAGAUAGUCCAGAGGUUCAAACAAAAGAAGUAGAAAUCCAAGUAGACUGGAAUUCAGAACUACCUGUAAAAGUGUCUGUUCCAAAAGUCUCCAUUCACAGCAUCAUUUUUGAUUUUGGGCAAAUACUUUUUCUUGAUUCUGUUGCAAUGAAAUCACUGAAAUCGAUCAUUAAUGAAUUCAGAAGAAUUGAUGUACUCCCUUACAUUGCAGCAUGUGAUGACAAUGUGCUUGCACAGAUGGAAAGAGGUAAUUUCUUUGAUGACACAAUCAAACCAGAAAUCUGUUUCAUGACUGUUCAUGAUGCUGUGCUGUAUAUUCAGAGCAAAUUCAGUGAUGGACAUGAUCCUUUGUUGGAAAAGAUUUCACUUCUGCAAGAAGCAAAAGAAUCUACUGAUGUCACAGAAGAUGAUCAAGGAUAUGAAGAAUUGGAUACCCAAGAUCAGGCUUUCAGGUCACUAGCAUCAUAACGAACACCUGAAUGGAAUGGACAAUAUUUAAUAGCAAAGAUUGUCUUCUUUCAAAGCAGCAACACAGAAUUCUCCUUUCUAUCUAUUCAUUUCUUAAUCUGAUUGAUUGUGCAGUCUCCACUUCCAUGUUUCUGGGAGCUUCCAUGCUACGUGUGACAGCCCUGUGAGUAUGGACAAGUGACAGCAAGCAGCAUUUGUUUUUCUCUUGUUUUACAUCACUAAGACACUAAAGACAUUCUUCAAGAUAUGAAACAGAUGGCCAACAUUUUUCAUCAUGUAGAAAAAUUAUUAUUUUAUUACUGUUAUUUUUAUGAAAAUAUGGCUUGAAACCAAUUUUGUCACAGGAAACCCAAAGUAUUUUUUGACAUUUAUGAACAACAGACAAAAUGUGGCAGACUGGACCUCGCUUCUGCAACUCAGAGGUCUUCUUGGUUUCAUCUUAUAUUAUGAAUUAAUUAGCAUUAAUUAGUAUUAAUUGUAAUCAAUAUGCAAGUACCGCAAAAGUCUCACAAUAUUGUUUAUAUACUUAACAUCUAGGGGCAAAAUGUGUGAUUAGAGCUCAACAUA